CUGCGCCUGGGGGAGCGGGGCUCAGAGCUCCAAAGGGCUGUAACCGGGUGUCUGUCUCUCCCCGCAGCCCCCGCCCCUCCCGGAGAACCCCCCGGCGCUGGAGAUGCGGCCCCGGCUGCGGCCCGUGUUCUUCGGUGAGGGCAUCGAGGUGAACCCCGAACCCACACACGAGAUCAGGUGCAACUCCGAGGUCACCUACGCCUCCGAGAAGCAUUUCCGGGACAACGUCUACUACGCGCACGUGCCCACGGUCACCGCCUACAGCGAGACCAUCGUGGCCGCGCCCAACUGCACGUGGCGCAACUACCGCAGCCAGCUGACCCUGGAGCCGCGGCCGCGCGCGCUGCGCUUCGGCUGCACCACCAUCAUCUUCCCCAAGCGCGCGCGCAGCUCCUUCCGCACCACCCUGCACUGCAGCCUGGGCCGCGCGCGCCGCCGCUUCACCGCCAGCGUCCAGCUGCAGCCCGGCUCACAAAGCAAAUGGGGCAACUGCCAGGAAGGCGGCGACUGCGCCCCGCCCCCACUCCCACCCCCUCUGGCCUCCCGGGUCCACACCCCGGGAAGCCCGGGGGUCAGGCAGGGGAUGGCGAUUUCGCCCUCCUCCAGGGCACCCUGGUUCUCUGCUGCCACCCAAAUCCUGCGGGAAGUGCUGAACGCGGAGCAGCAGCGUCUGCUUGUCCAUGACGAGGGCAUCGGGGACACCCUCAGCCUGAGUGUGGCUCUCCCGCGGGCGAGUCCUCGGAGCCCUCAGGGGACAUUCUAA